AAUUUCAAGAGAUCUCGUCUGUGCAUUACCAAAUGUCUGUUCUGCUUUGUGCCUUAAUGAACGUGGCCAUAAUGAAUUCAAACUUUAUAAUAAUCAAAAACCUUUGGAAAAAAUAUUUAGAAUUAUUUUUUCAAACAAAUUUUUGCUUUCAAUGCGUAAACGAAAAACUGAAAUACUUGAGACUGCUCAUAUGCUUGGAACAUCUUUUGAUAAAUUAAUCCGUCAUCAUCCUGCUUUGAGAAAAGAUGUUAUGGGCAUUCUUUCUGAGAUUCUUGAAGAAUUGCUUUAAUCUGCUACUAGCGAAGAUAAAAGUGUUUCUUGGAGUAUGGGAAAGGCUGUUAUUGAAGAUGAUUCUGUUGAACAUGUUUUGCUAGGUGAUUAUAUGGCAAUUAUGGGAGUAAUGAUUGAAACAAUUUUGUCAAAUCGAAAUGUGCAAGACAACAUUCAAACUUUAAACGAAUUAAACAUUCCAGUUCGUUUAGUUAAAUUGUUGAGUGAAGCAAAGAAACCACAAACGGUUUUACUCAAUUCAAGUUAUCUUCCUAAUUUGGCAAAUAUUUUGUGUUGUAUUUUGCGACAAACUUCUAAAGUUGACGACGCUUUUUCUUAUCUGCUUGAACGUUGUUCUUUUGAAUUGUCUGCAUAUUCAACAGAAAUUGAAUGUCAACAAGAAAAACUUUUUCAAUUGAUUCGACUCAGUUCUUUGAUAAAUACAAUGAAUAUUUUAAUGAAGUCUGUGAUACACGCUCAAGGAUCUUACGAGUGGAAAAGAACUGAUGUCGGUUGGAAUCGAGACGCAAUCAUUCAACUCCAGACUAAUUGGACAUGCUUAUGCGUCGCGAGAAAGAACGUGAACAGGAGAAGAAAAAGGAACGAAGUAAGACUCCUAGUCCCAACACAUCUCGAGGAAAGACGGGUCCGAAUUCUUUUUGGAAGAUAACGAGAAAUUGCAUUUUUAAUUAUUUUUGAAUAAAAAAUUGUAUUUAAUUUGUGUUUAAUGCUUUUGGACGUUCCACAUUUAUUGUGCAACAGAUCGAUUAAGUAGAUCCGAUUACGCAAAAUUUGGGUUGUUUGGACUCUGGUUCCACAACUUGCUGGCUCAAAAGCUCUUGAUG